GGCCCAAUUAUUUCCUAUUCACCUGCUUACUUUUUUUAUUACCAAUGCUUCGCCGGACAACACAAAUUGUACACCGCCUCGGUACACGCGGUCUCGCCAGCCUCUCUGUCCACGUCCGCUACGGCACCUUAAAGACAACUGCAGCCGACCUGAAGCAGCACUUUGAGCAGUACGGCAGCGUCUGGGACGUGAUCCCACUCGAAUCGCAUGUUUCCGGCCGCCUGCUGCAACAGGCUAUUGUGCGGUUCUACGUAGGCGAAUACACACCAGGCACGCCGCCCAUCCUCCCGCCGCCUACACAGGAUGAGACUGAGGCAGUCGGGCUCAUGGUCCAGAAGGCUAUCAGCAAUGGCGACGGAUCGGCGCUCAACGGGUCAAAGAUCCGCGUCCGCGAGUCAUACGACGACAGUCCGGGUCAGCUGCACGAAUGGUACGAGAACCUGCAGCUGGAGCAGGAGAACCAAAAGAAGACGCGUCGCGAGCUGUUCCCGGUCAACCCGUUCCACGAGCCACUUGAGCUGGGCGACGACUACCAGCGCGGCUUUAUGAUCGGCUACAGCCUCGGGCUCAAAGACGGCACCAAGCAAGCUUGACUGAAGCAAUGGGACUUCUAAUAUAUCUUCCUGUAAAACUGUCUACUGCGGCGGGCUCUCCGGCGCCA